AUGGCACAGAAUUUACAGAAAAAGCCCUCCAAGGGCAUCUUAAAAACAUCCCGAAGCAUCGAUGGGCAAGACGGAAUGCCUUCUACGAGUAAAAGACCGAAAGAACAGAGGUUUGACGAAAUGAAUAUUAUUGAAACAUUUCACCCGGCUGAUAAAGAUUACGGCCAUAUGAAAGUUGAUGAGCCUAAAACUCCUUAUUCAGAAGCAAUCGAUGGUGAAUUGGAGCCAUCCGAUGAACUGGACGCAAACAUCUUGGCGGCAAAGCUUGCUGCUAGUAUGAACAGACCGCCUAAGUGUGUGGAACCGUGCGAUAGUGAUGAGGAGAUGGAAGAACCAGAAGAAGUUCGCCAGCGAAGACUCGAGUUUGAACGAAAGAGGAAAAUGCACUACAAUGAAUUUCAGGCCUUGCAGCUGGCGAGGAAGCUGUUGGCUCAAGAGGAGGAGGAGGAGGAAGAGGAGGAAAAGGGAGAGGAGUCAGCCACC